UUUUUUAAGUUUAGUUUAGAAGAUUAAUGAUUUUAUAAAAACCAUUUACUAUUUUAUUACCAAUAAAAUUCUAAUAUUACAGCAUUAACAAAACGCAUUUAACAACGCAUUCGCAUUUCUAGUUUAUUUGUGGCCAAAAUGAACGAUUAUAUUUGGAUUUUGAACGAAUCAAAAUGGAUGCUGGGUGUGAAUGAACUAUGUACUGAAAAACGAACAGCUUUUUAUCGAGUUGUGUCGUGGGCCCGAUUAUAAUCGGGAAUCCGGCAUUACGGUUUUGUUUGGUAUUCAUUUGGGUAGUGGUGAACUCGUGAAUGUGUCCUAGAGGACGAGAUUGAUCGUGGUGGUGACUGAAUUCGGUAGUCUGGGUGUCGGUAAUGUGUUUACGAGAGUGUCAGGCGAGCUUCCCGCAGGUGUCCUUAAUAGGAUGAGGACUCUCGACGGAAAAAUUGAAUGUCGAUGCAAAUCAGCGAGCGGUGCGUGUCGGGCAGCCGUAGGUUCUUGGUGCAAAAUGGCGAGAAUAUACGGACUAAAGUGUGGUGCGUGUGCUCAGUGAGCGCGCAGAAAUGAAAUGCAUAUACAGGAAAGAACGAACACAACUCUGACAACAUGUACCAAAAUGACAGAAGAAGUAGACAGAAGACAUGGUGUGAAUGGUAACAGCAGCAAGAGUGUCAAUGAGGAUCCUCCGCCGCAGAGUGCCGCCCAGGCUGCCACUGGUGGAAGGCUCAAAUUCUUCAAAGAUGGGAAGUUUAUCCUGGAGCUGGUGCGUGGAUGCGCGCGCGAGGGCGAGCGCGCGGGCUGGGUGUCGGUGCCGCGCAAGACUUUCUGGCCGCCCGCCGCCGCGCCGCCCACGCCGCCGCACGCCGCACCGCCCUGCGCCUCGCUGUCGCUGUCCGACGACAACUCGUCGCUGCACUCGUCGCCCUGCGCCUCCAGCCGCGACCACGCGUGGAAGCAGCCCGCGCCGCGCCGCCACCUCGCGCGCGCUCUCGCCUUCUGCUACGUGCGCCCCUCCUCGCUGCGCGCUGCACACACCCGGCGCGCCGCGCGCCGCAAGCGCCGCCGCCCCUUCGACGCGCUCGACGCGCCCGACGCCGACGCGCCCGGCGACGACGCGGUCGACGGGCCGGCGCCGCCGCCGGACGACCGCGAGAAGUACUAUCACAUGAAACUAAAGAAACCAUAUCAGUAUCAUAAGUUAAGGGUGUACAAGAAGACGAAGUCGCCGUUCCGGCCGAAGGAGCUGGCGCGCACGAUAGACCGGCUGCGCGAGAAGGCGGCCGCGCUGCCGGUGCUCGUGAACGCCAAGCUGGCCAACUGCCGGCAGGAGCACGCCAUGGUGUCGCCGCGCAAGCGCAUCCUGCGCGAGAUGGAGCGCGUCAGCCUCGAGGACCAGGCCACCAAGCGGCGCGCCAAGACCGUGCCCGCGCUCGGCACCGCGCCGCCCGCGCCGUCGCCCGGCCCCAGCCGCGCGCGGACGCCCAACGGCACGCAGCCCAAGCCCGCCAAGCACGUGAGCAGCUACAGCAUCCACUCGCUGCUCAGCAUGCCGGACGAGACGCGCGAGCCCGAGCCCAAGCGCUCGCCGCACUCCAGCGUCACGUCGCCCGACCUCAGCCCCAGCCCCGAGCACUACCGCUACCGGGCCGCGGCGCUGGCGCGCGACUCGCCGCGCGACUCGCCCACGCCGCCGCAGCCCGCGCCGCCCGCCUUCCGCGCCUACUCGUCGCCCGCGUCGCCGUACGCGGCGCGCGCCUGGCCCGCCGCCGCGCCCGCGCCUGCGUACGCGCGCCGCGACGACUGGGGCGCGCAGUACGUGUACGGCUACGGCUACGUGCCGCACGUGUACCGCGCGCCCGCGCCGCCGCUGUGGAUGCACUACGCGCUGGCGCCCGGCGCGCCGCCCGGGCCCUGGGCGCCGAUGCCGCACCCGCUGCUCACCGACCACAUACCGAAGGACGAACCUACUUCAGAUUUGCCAUUGAAUCUAUCGAAACACUGAAGUCCGCACACGGCGGCGGGUCCGGCGGAGCGGCGAGCGGCGGAGAGUCGUGUGUAUUUGUUACAUAAACUUAUGCGUUAUAGAUAUUUUUACAAACAUAAAGAAAGACUUAGAUUAAUUAAUUAAAGUAUAAAUGAAAUUGCAAUAUCGAUUUUUAUAUUUUUAUACGAUCUGGAUCGAGUCGGCGGCGCCCUGUCCUGCAAACAUUCCACUGGCGCGCCGAGUCCACAAAUCGCAUCCCACCUGCCGCUUACGGUUAUAGCUAUAAAGUGUCUCUGACGAGAGCGAACAAUAUUUUUGUAUAGAUCGUGAUUUUCCGGCGGAUCUGAUUGUCAGAAAAUCUAUUUACAAAGUUCUUGUAUUAUAUACUGAAAUAUUAUUUUAGUAUAGAAUGUAUGUAUGUAGAGUCGUGAGUGUGUAUUUUCAUAUGAAUCGUUUGAGCUGCGAAUUUAAUAUUUUAAUAUUGGCUAUUAUUUAGAGUAAGAUUGCUAAGAUCUAAUUGAAACAAAAAAAAUACAGUUAUCGAUGUUAACGAUCAGUGCCUUGAAAUAAAUAAAGAUAUUAUGAAAAUAUUUAUGAGUGAAAAGUAUUACAUGAAUAAAUUCCUGGUUCUAGUAUACUCGUAUACCUGGCGAGAUGAACUAAAACAUUGAAUAUAUGAUACAGCCGUUUUGCUAUCACAUUUGUUUGUAGCCAUUUUUGAAUAUUUAUAAAUUGUGUGUAAAGAUAGCACUUUGGUCCACAUUCAGCAAAUGGAAAACAAUAAUGAUGUUAUAUCUCGAUCUCAUUAUUUAAUUUAGAAAAUAAACGAGGUAAAGACUACAGUUUUUGGGAUCAAAUUUGAAUGUGUGUUUAUGUAACAUGUAUAUUAAAAAGACAUUGUAUAUAAUUUGUGAAUGGUGUAUUAUUGUGAGCGGGCCAUAUGGGCCCGAGCGACGCGUCACAGAUAUACAACACAACCGCUUCGAUCACUUGCAACGACUAUCCCUCAUUAAUCAUGAAAAUACAUAUCUUAACGUAACUUGGCAAACUAUAAAAUACAAACUACACCUAUCAAAUAAGCCUUAAACAUAAAACAGUCACUUACAUAAAUGUUGUCUAAUUGUAAUUAUUUUUUAAACUAUUGAAGACAUUAUCGCAUUAUCAAAUCAAAGUAACUGUCUGUUUUGAAUGCAGAAUAUAUUUUUAUGAUCAAAUUACAUCGUAAGAUUCGUGCGCUGUAGCUUGGUGCAGGUGACAGUUGACGUAUGACGUCCAUAAUACGUAUUAUUAUCGUGUAUUGCGGUCAAACUAAAAUGACUGUCAGCCGCACCUUGCUACAGCUCAGGAGGGGCCGGUAGGAGUCCGGCACUAUCCGGUUCAGAAUGUCCAUAAAGAUAUUUUUCGUCCUGAAAAAAAAAACUUUGCUACAGCGCAAGAGCUAUAAAAAAUAACAUUUACCGCAUUGGCGUAAAUGAAAAAAAUAACGUCUAAACGUCUACGCACAUAUUAUCGUCGUUGUAUGUUAUCGAAGUGGUUCUGGUGUAUAUUUAAAUAAUAAAUAAUUAUUCUUAUUGUACAGUAUUUUUGUAUCGAGUAUUUUACGGCAAGUGUCUGUCAUGUUAGGGACAGCUCAAACCGAGCGACAAACUGCGGGAGCGUGCUUGCUAAGUUUUCAACACAUAGAUAAAUAAAUAUUGAUCAUAAUCUUCAUGUAAAUAAAUUAAUUAGAGUUGUAAAUGUUAUGCUCAGGUGAUCUGAUGGAAAAGUGGUCAGCCGUAUCGCAUAUUUAGAUUUCCGGCACAUCAGAAAUAGAGUUUACUAUAUUCUUUCCGGGUUUUUGUGCACAUAUAUUAUUAUAAGUAGCCUGUCGCGGUCUUACCCCAAAUGAGUAUUUAUUAUUGAAGGAUUACGAGUAUAUGAUUUCUAUGAUUGAUAUUGUAUACAACUCUUAUCGACUGAAUAGUGAUCAUAUUUAUUUAUCCAUGUGAAGAUGUGUGUGUGCAUGCAAGCGAAGCUCGUCGCUCGGUGUGCGUCGACCCUUAGGGUUACGUAAAGCCGCGUGCACACUGCGGCCUCGACUGCGCGGGGCCACCAGACGAGAGGGCUUUGAGAUUAUAACAUAGAGGUAGUUUUCAGCAAUUUAAGUAUGGGGUUAUGUAUUAUAAGGACAGUUAAACGAACGGUAAGGGACUGACUUCUGAUGUUAUUUUGUAAUCAUUUAUCGGAGUUGUGUAUAAAGAAAAAAAUAUAGUUAUGUAACCGGAGAGGCCUAUUGUAACGACCGUUGUCCGCCAACAAAGUUGACUUAGUGUAAACGUAGCUGUAACAGAAUCUGCUCAAUUAAACUCUGAGUAAAGUAAGGGAACAACUUUAUAUCAAUGUUAUCACUGGGGAUGGAACUGACGUUAUUAAUUUUGUAAUGUAUUAUUUAAAUCUUUAGCCGGGGCCACACUUGACCGUCCUACUUGCGUCUGCGAUAUCGCGCAAUUUCUUCAGGCGCGGUGAUUGGUCAGACGCUGGACGCGGCGGUGUGACCUUUGCUUAAGUGGGGAAAGACCUUCCCAAGGCAGAGAGUUUAAUUAUUGAAAUGAAAAAAAAAUAGUUGUGAAAUUCUAUAAGAUAUAACAACGCGAAACAUGUAAUUUACUGGUAUUUAUUAGUAAGCUAACGUCAUAGGUUAUAGAAAUUACCAUUGAUGUAGAAUAGGUCUCGCUCUGCCGCUAAUUUAUUAUUACUGCUACUGAGUCAAUAGGUACAUAGGAGGGUCUUUUGCCACUGUCUUCAUAUGUUUCUUUGUCAGAGUUACACAGAUACUUAGCUAUUUAAUUAUUUAUUAUUUAUUGUUAUUAAUGUAUUGUAUUAGAUUAAAAUAUAUUUGAUGAAAUUCAAAUUCACGCGAAUCCUAAAUAACUAUGUUAGAGUUAGUUAAAACAACUUUUAAGAUUUUAACCUAUUAUGACUUAUGUUAAUUUAUACGCCACAAAUUAUCAUUGAGAAAAUUCGCGUUUGUGAAAAGUUGUAAAAACGUAAAAGAAUAUCCUCGGCUUCUACUCGUAUUAUGUUUUCCGCUUCCGUAUCGUACGAGUACUUAAUACUUGUAUAUUGGUUUCACGAGUCACUGGCUUUUAAUUUUUUUCUAUUAAUAUUAGUUAAUAUUUUGAAACUUGUCCAUUCUUAUAUUCAAAAUGCAAAAGGAAAAUAAGUACCUAAACAAAAUAAAAUAUGUAAAAUAGUUUUCUGAAGGCAAAGAUAUGAAAAAGAAUUAUUGAUUUAAAAUAAAAAUACUAAUCUCUGCCAAAAUUUUAUGUGCUAUAUCACGUAUCACUUAUUGAACAAUUUCACGUAUUUAUCACUUGAUGCAUUUUUUUGCAUACUUCAAAUGCAUGAUAUAGUCAUGGUUUGUAGUUAUUAACUAGGUUGAUUAUAAAGACAUAUUUAGAAAUAUCUAAAGAGCUAUAUUAUUUACAAAUAUUAUUAUGAAGUUUGAAAGUAUCUUACAAAUCAAAGUGUUGGUUCCAUAAAAUUAUUUUAAUAUAUAACCAAUGGUCGUAAUAUAAAUUCAAUGUGAUCAACUGAUCCAAUAGACACUAGGUGUUAAACUUCAUAUUAAUGUUUAAUUAAAUUAUUUUUGAAAGAACUAUUUAAAAAUAUAACAUGUAGUAUGUUUAUUGCGUAUUUUAUUUAUUUUAUUAAGUCUCGUUUGUAGAUCUAGGUACAUAUUUUAUGCGAUUCUAUACAAUUUUGUUUGAAACUGUAGAAAAACUACUUACAACAAAAAGUACACACAUGUGCCAUUAUUAUAAGCAUAUUUUUAUUGUAUUUAUAUUGAAGUCUUGAAAAUUAAAAUCUCAGUUUCGUCCCCGACGUGUGCCGCUAUUGUUGCAAAUAUAAAUAUUUUUCUAUUCAAACAUUUAUUUUGUAAUCAUGUAUGUGAUAGCGCUUUUCGUGUAAAGUGUUGCGUGACGACGCAGGUGUCUUAAAAUCAACUUAAAACAUAUUUAUCAUGCGGAAUAAUAGUUAUUAUCCAUUUAUAUUAAGAUGUAGUUAUGUACUCGAAUAAAUAUAACUUUUUAAAA